AUGUUCGAUUUUCGCCUUCGUCUAGUUAAGGAGCAGGUGCUAGGGCCUCUUUGCCGCUUCAUUCCCAAAGUGAUCGAACCAAUCCAUCUGACCCUGCUAGCAUUUUGUUUUGGCAUCGCAAGUUGCUACAUAGUGGCAUUUCAUCACUACAGCGGCCAUGGCAUUUGGAUGUGGCUGUUAAAUCGCUUUCUGGAUGGUCUCGAUGGUUCUCUCGCACGUAGCCGUCGUAUCGCCUCACGAGCAGGAGGGUUUGUUGACCUCCUCUGUGACUUCUCUGUCUAUUCCCUGAUACCAAUAUCAGUUGCGCAAGGGGCUAGCUCUGAUCGUCCCGUCGACUGGAGGGCAAUUGCGUUUCUCGAAGCUGCAUUCCAUAUCAAUAACUUCGUGCUGAUGUACGCAGCUACUGUGGAGGAAAAUAUGCCUAAUAGUUCGGAUGAUCUCACUAGCUUCACGAUGAGACCUGCUCUGGUAGAAGGGGUGGAGAGUGCAAUUUGGUUCACUGCAAUGCUGGCAUUUCCGUAUUACAUUGAAAUGCUCUGCUGGACUAUGAGCCUGGCGGUAUUAGUGGGAGUGGCUCAGCGAACUGCAUAUAUUUUGGCUGUGUCGCACAAAUUUGAUGGGACUCGGAGGAAUGGAUGCAAGAAGAGAAACUAA